AUGGCUGCACAGAGCAAAAGCAGCCGAGCGAGCAGCUUGGCCAAGAGCACUGCUGAGCUCUUCCAGAAGAAAUGGCCACGCGCCUUCUUCAUUGUCGCAGCCAUCCAGGCCGUUGUGUGCAUCGCGUUUGAGGGUUACGUCUUCGCCAAGUUCACCGACAGUCUGGAUGACGAAAAAUUGAAAACGGCACCGUAUAUAGACGACACCGAUGUCCUAUCUCAGUUGAAGACCAUCCCGACCUUCCUCAGCCUGUUCAUUUUUGGCUUCGUCUAUGAACUGAUUCUCGUGUGGGAUGCAUUGCGAAUGAAGAAUACGAUCCAGGUUAUUGGCCUGUGCAUCGCCAAUCUCGCUUUGCUCGUCUACACGGCCAUUCAAAUUGAUCAAAUCCACGAAGCCAUCACCAUUCUCUCCGACAGAGCCCUUGUCCUCGACACCGACAUUUGGUAUGAAGUUAAGCCGCUGCUCAUCACCAUUCCCUGCGUUCUUGGUGUUUGCACUCUAGGCCUGGGGUUGCUCUCCUGGAAACUCUACCAGGAAUUCGCCUGGGAUAUCCUGAAACACAUUGGAGCCGAUUACCGCAUGAAGAAGCGAUUCUUGCAUUAUCAGAUCUAUAUCGCCCUUCUGAAAUUCGACUUCUUCUUCUUCAUCGGUUUCACGGUCCAAUUCCUAGUGGUGGUUGGCGGCAAGACCGAUGGCGAAUUCACCGCGACCUGCAUAGCCGUCCCCAUCACAAUUGGUAUCCUCCUGGCCGCGGCGUUCUUUACUCGACGGGAAUGGAAAUGGGGCAUGGUCUUCAUCAUCUUCCUGUACAUGGGCGGUCUUGCCUACUUCAUCUUCAAGCUGUCGCGUAUCUACGACAUAGGACACAGGGAAGACUACAAGCCGGUCAAGAAGUCGCUGACUACUUUCGCCGUCCUCACCAUCAUUCUCAUUGUCAUGACCAUCGUCAACGCGAUGGUUUGUAUAUUGAACUUCGGAGCGGGCCUGAAACAACACUUGCUUACUUCGCGACACGAGGUUGACAAGGAUCAAAUUAGUUACUCGAUGAACGAUGUCAAGCAGCCGCAAUUACCGAGCAGGAUGACCAUCGACUAA